CUCUCUCUCCGCUGAGCUGUGAGCUCCAGGAGUCAGCUCGGGUCACUCGGCGGCAGCAGCGGCCUCCAUUUCCUCUCCGACACCGAGUCGCACCUCACGUGUCCUGGGCUGUCUCUCUCACAUGACCCGAGUGUUUGUUCCCGUGAUCAGCACUUCCAUCUCCGUCUGUGACACCGAAUAUCACUUUUUAUCCUCACACUGAUGGAUAUGCUCGAACAGAGUCUGGACAGCGCAAGCCAAGAAAAGCAAGAAGAAGAGGUUGUCCAGGCAUCUGAAGACGGAACAGGAGAAGAGCAGGCAGCUGUUACGAUAGCCAGUGUUCAGCAGGCAUUUGGUGAACAUAACAUACAAUAUCAGUUCCGCACAGAAGGUGGUCAGGUGACGUACCGUGUUGUUCAUGUGACUGACCAGCAGCUGGAGGGAAGAGACGAUGGUGGAGGAGCAGUGAGUGUCGUCUCCUCAGCCGCCUUCACUGGGGCUCCUCAGGCUGUGGCUCAGGCUGUGAUCCAAAACCCUUUCAGUAAUGGAGGAAGCCCAGCAGGAGAGGCGGUGGGAGGGGAGACACGCUUCGCUUACUUCCCUGCUACUGCGGUGAGCGACGGGACUGUGUCUGUGCAGGCCGCCGCGGACCCCACACUCACACAGGCAGGGGGUCAGUUUUAUGUGAUGAUGACCCCCCCCGAUGUCAUUCAGACAGGCACACAGCGAACCAUCGCCCCACGCACACAGCCCUACCCUGCAGAUGAAAACGAGCUGCUGCAGCAUGACGGUUUAAACUGGAAAAUGGACGGCCCGCGAACACCAAGAGAUGAAAGGAGAAGAGCGCAACAUAAUGAAGUUGAGAGGCGGCGAAGAGACAAGAUCAACAACUGGAUUGUCACGCUUUCCAAGAUCAUCCCAGACUGUAAUAUGGACAGCACCAAGACCGGAGCAAGCAAAGGAGGCAUCCUGUCUAAAGCUUGUGACUACAUCCGUGAGCUGAGGCAAAGCAACCAGCGACUGCAGGAAAGUCUGAAGGAGGUGGAGAGGAUACAAGUGGACAACGAGUUGUGCAGGCAGCAGAUUGAAGAGCUGAAGAAUGAAAAUGCUUUGCUCCGAGCACAACUCCAGCAGCACGGCAUCGAGAUGGUCGGAGAGACACCGCCGCAGUGAAGCCGAGACAAAAGGAACAGGAGCAGCACCACGACCCAGACAUACCACCGGCAUGAUGGAAAAGAAGGCGAGAUGAUGGAGAGAACAAAAGGACUUGUGAAGAAUCACUUUCUUUUUUUAGUGAACGCAUCCUUCCCUGGGUCUCCCAGGUUUUGCGAACCCUUUACCGGCCAAUUGCGGCUGUACUUGACUGUUCCGACCCUAUUGAGAUAACCACCCGUUACGACUCAGUAGAAAUGUGCUCAAGAAAAGACGCCCUCUCACCACCAUCAGAGUGCUUCACUAGCACUAGCUUUGAAAGAGAACCACUGCUGAACUCCUCCUUUGUUCUGUAUUUAUGUAGCCUCACUCAUGGACUAUGAUGUUUGUCAUUUAAUUUUGUUCCCCGUCAGUGUAUUUUUUUCCCCCGAAAAUUAUUGAUUUUGACUUAGUUCAUGCUUUUUUGUGUUUGUGUUUUAGAGUUCUGUAUUAAUAUGUUGUUUUUAGCUGCUUUAAUUUAUUAGUCCGCUUGCUGACAGAAGCCUUGAUGGAGACCAGUUACAGAGAAGCUCAUGCACCCCCAGAGAAACAGAUUGAAUUUUAAGUGAGAAAAACAUCAAAGCAAAGCAAAAACAUUAUGAUUCUACAGACAGAAAUAAUGUGACACACGCAGCCUACCUACACCCAAAGACAAACAAGGAGCUGUGCUGGCCUGUGCUUCUGGGCUGAUUUAUGUAAAUAAGACUUCUCGUGUUUUAAUACAGAUGUUACAGAAUGUUAGAGCAGAUUAUCUCUGGGAGUAAACAAUCAAUAACUCAUUAAGUUCAUGCUGGCCCUUUGUCAUAAUAAUUAGCAUGAAGUGUGUGCAAUCGUGGGGCUUAAAUUGGAGAAAAAAAAAUAUGGUAUACUUGAAUUGUUGGGCAUU